AUGGCCGACGUUGAAGCCGCCAAGCGCGCUGCCGCGAAGGCUGCCGUCGCAAAUCACUACCCUAAGGAUGCCCGCUGGGUCGGUAUUGGCAGCGGCACAACCAUCGUCUACGUCGUCGAGGCCAUCAAGGCCCUUGGCCUCGAUACCUCCGCCACCCGCUACGUGCCGACGGGUUACCAUUCUCGCCAGCUGAUUGUCACCGCUGGUCUGACCGCCGUGGAGUUUGAUUCUCUUGCUGAGGGAACCGUGUUGGAUGUUGCGUUCGAUGGUGCGGACGAGGUAGAUGAUGAUUUGAACUGUAUCAAGGGCGGCGGCGCCUGUCUUUUCCAGGAGAAGCUUGUCGCAAUGCAAGCGAAGGAGUUUAUCUGUGUUGCGGACUCGCGCAAACUCCAAUCUCGUCUCCUCAGCAACUGGAAAUACAUUCCCAUCGAGGUCGCUCCUAUCGCUGCCUUCCGUGUUCUGCGCAAAUUGAAGGAGUUUGGCGCCGUCAACCCUGUCCUGCGCCAGAACUUGGACGUUAAGCAGGGUCCGUUGAAGACGGAUCAGGGCUUCUUCAUCAUUGAUGCGCCUUUCCCGCCCAUGCUCACUAAGUCGGAUGUUCGGGCUGGCAAGGUCUCGGGCCAGGACGGCGUUUGGGAGGUGACCGAGUUGUCGGAGAAGAUCAAGUCGAUUGCCGGUGUUCUGGAUGUCGGCAUUUUCUCUGGUUUCACUGGUCCCCAGGCUACUGCUGCUGGAGGUAUUGGCGGGCAGCGGCCUGUGGCGGCAUACUUCGGCAUGCCCGAUGGAUCGGUGGCGGUGCGCAAGGCCAGUGAUUAA